AUGGCGCAGCGUGACGGUGGCGCCGGCGCGGACCGAGAGGGCUCCACGGCAGAAGCGUUGGACGGCGUUGCGACGCGCCCCCUAUCGUUGGCCCGGCGGCGACACCCUCCCUUGACACCUCCGCAGCGGCGAGUGUCUUGUCUGGUGCACCAGACGAACCCUGGCUCCAGUGCCGUCGAGCUCAAGCUCAAGCUCCAGCUUCCCCCAGAUAUCGGCGCGGAGGCUCCGCCCGCGGACCGUUUCCCCAGAUACGUCGGUACGUCCACCCCGGGCACGAUACGGGGGACUUCCCUGGACAUGGAUGCCGGUUGUGCGGCAGAGGCAGCUGCGGCGCCAGAGAGACAAUAA